GAAACUUUGAAAGAGACAAUGAGUCAUGGUGAAGUUGCCGUUGAGUUGACGUUUGAAGUGACCAUACAGGACCGAUAAUUGACCGUAGGGUUAGGGUCCCAGGAUAGACCUGGAAUCCCGGAACUUGAAUCGAGCGCGACAGUCAUGUCCAACAGCACCAAACCACGUGUUGACGAUGAGGACGACGUCGAUGAUCUCGACGAUGUCCUGGAUCAGUUUAUCCCAUCCAAUGUCCCCGCGGCUAGUUUAUCCCAACACUCGACGUCAUCGCCUGCCGUGAAUGAACCAACCUCGUCUCAAACAUCGAAACAAACAUCUUCUUCUUCCAAUGCUGAUCUUGGAGCUGAUUUUGCGAAAUCACUCGCUGAAGAAAUGGAGGCUCUUUGGCGCGGUAUUGCACAGCAAGAAGUGGAUGAGGGUUUAAAAGGUGAGACUUCGGAACAACGAGAAGAGCGGGAACGCACCCUCGCAGCGGCUUGGGAAGCUAUGUUGAUAGAAGAAAUGGAUGGCUCGAUCGACCCAUCGCUCACGCAGCAAGCACCUAUUGCCCCAAAAACUGGAGAAAAGGACGACUUCCAAUCACGCAUCCGGAACACCAUGAAGAAGCUCAAGGAGAGCGAGUCAGGCUUGAAGUCGUCAGAUCCGAGUAGUUGUGCUACCAGCAACGAUUCACUCGAGGCGCUUUUAUCCCAAUUCGGAGGGGAGGAUGAAGAAGAGAUGCAGGGUGUCCUGGAAGCUAUGAUGGGCCAGCUUAUGGGCAAGGACGUCUUAUACGAGCCCUUAAAAGAACUUUCGGACAAGUUCCCGGACUACCUCAAGGCCAAUGCAACUACAUUAUCGUCCGAUGAUAAGUCACGUUAUGAUGCGCAGAUUACCUGCAUGAAACAACUCCUUGAAAUUUUCGAAUCGAAAGAUUACACUGACGAUGACGACAAGAUGAAAACCAAAAUCGUCGACCUCAUGGGCGAGCUUCAAAGACACGGGUCUCCCCCGGAGGAAAUUAUGGGCCCAAUGCCCCCUGGAUUGAGCAUGGGCGCUGAUGGUAUGCCAAAUAUGCCGGAUAACUGUAUCAUCAGUUGAAAUGCAUAUUGGCGGAGGAAAUGCAUAACUUUAAACGAAUACCUGAGUUUGUAGGCUACAUUAAUAGUGCUGAUCUAGAUUCUUUCGUAGAAUUCAUUACUUGCCCGUGAUACGAAAUCGGGCACCGGCUUUGUGCGCCUAUUGGCGCUCGGAUUGUUGCAUCUGCUACAUUAGCGAUGCGAUUCGUUCGGGACGCCGUGUACCAUGUUUUUCUAUUCAAGGGACGGGUUCACUGUAUCGUUGCUCUUCCGAAUCCACGUCCCACACUUGGAGGACCGUGUCUACAGUGCGGCCGAUCAAACACAUUGUCUCCAUCACCAGUAAGGCAUUAUUUAUCGCCUCGUCUACUGAGUACAAAACUUCCAAAAAUAUCAUGCAUUUUCAAAACA